AUGUGUAUCCUGUGCUCAGAAAAGGCAAUUGAUGGAAACGAUGCUUCUAAUAAUCUGGCUGUCAUGGAUGCCAAGACAAACCUUUCCUCUUGGAAAAUCAAGAGGCAAAGGAUAGACUCGAGCAUCGGUUUAACGGUUCCGUGGGAGGGGCUCGGCGUGUCAGCCAGCCCUGCGUCCCCUUCCCUCCAGGGGACCCCAGCUAGGCGAAGGUUCCUUGGGGGCUCCACUCUCUCCGCCUCCCCGAGCCUUCAUCCUACAUCCCAGCGGCACCCGCGGGCCGCAGCCCUUUUUGGCACCGAGGUUUCCAGGUGCCCAGCACGAAGGCGGAGCCGGCUUAUUGCCGCCUUCCCGGCGCCACGGAGAAGACCCCCGGGAGUUGGGCGACCACAGCACUCCGGCCCCGCAGUGUCCCCGGGCUCCACCGGCUCUGCGCGCUCCUCCCCUGUGCGCGCGCCGGGUGCGAAGCCCGCGAUCAGAGCGCAGCGCCAAGCGGCGCGCACGCACGCCCGGCGGUGGCUCCCGAACCCCGAGCGCAGCCGGACCAUCAGCCGAGCCCUCCAGGUCGCGCUCGCCAGGACCAUGAGCGCCCCAGCGCCCCGCCGCCUGCCUGCGAUCUGGGCGGCUGCGCUGCUCCUGCUCGGCCUGCCGCGCCUCUCGGUGCGGGCGGAUGGCAAGCUCUUCGUGCUGGAGUCUCAGAAUGGCUCUCAGGGACUGGACCUGGAGGAGGCUCGGCUUUCCUGCAAGAGCAAGGGUGCUCACCUGGGUUCUGCAGAAGAGCUGAGGCGGGUGGUCCGGGACUGCACCUUCACCGUGUGUACCACGGGGUGGCUAGAAGAUGGCACUCUUGGGACGACCGUGUGUAGCAAAGGGAGCAGUGAAGAGCAAGUCAUGAGAGCUGUGGAAGUGAGAAUUGAGAGCCACCCAGCUCCCGGCGGCACAUACAACGCUCUUUGUGUUAAGGAUGAAGAGAGACCCUGUGGAGACCCGCCCUCCUUCCCACACACCAUCCUGCAAGGCCGCACCGGCCUGGAGAUGGGGGAUGAGCUCCUGUACGUGUGUGCUCCAGGCCCCACCGCUGGCCAUCGGGAACCUGCCUUCACCUUGCUGUGUAACAGCUGUGGGGAGUGGUAUGGCCUGGUACAGGCUUGUGGAAAAGGUGAGACUGAGGCACAUAUCGAUUACGAAGACAAUUUUCCCGAUGACAGAUCUGUUUCAUUCCGAGAAGUCAUGGAAGAUUCCAGAGCAGAGGCUGAAGAGGACAGGGGUCAAGAAGACACAUCUGAAAAGAUACCCAAACAGGACCGCCUGGUCCUAAUUUCUAUGGGGAGAGAAAAUAUAGCCCAAGAAAAAGCCUUUGUGCCAACCACAGGCUUGCCUGGCGCUGGGAGCAGUACCCCUACAGACUUGUCACAAUCCCAGCUGAACCAGAAAUCCUCCAUCUGGUUUCCUGCUGAGACUUUCCAUAAGUCAGAGUUGGAAAAGGAAGCCGACAAUGGCACUACAAAGCAAUUUUCUACUGGAGACAACCACAGUGGGAUCAGCCUAGUGACAGGUGAACCUGAAACCAAGCUGAUCUAUGGUCAUACCGAUGGCCCCUCAGGACCAUUUGUGGACAGGAACGACAGUAAAGCAGGGGACCCAGUGGUGAGCAGCAGUGAUGAAUCCUGGUUAGAUGGCUACCCUGUGACCGAUGGGGCUUGGAGGAAGGUAGAGGCAGAAGCAGAGGAUGAUGGGGACAAGAGUGAUGGGUCAGUAGGACUGGAUGAGAAUGUUCCCGUGACUCCUGAUCAGCUCUUUCUUGUAGAGGUUAAGAAGCCCAGAACUACCACUCACAUGACCCACAGUUCAACUCUUCCACUGGCUCCCAUGAAUGUGUCUGAGAAGGAGCAUCCGUAUGAUGGAGAUGGGGAUUUGACCACAUAUAAGUCAACUAUUCCUUGGAGACUCACCACAGAGAAGUCUCCUCCAAUGGCCACCCUGCCCAAUGAGCACACCAGUUCUACCCUGGACACAAUAACCACCAUCACUGUCCAACAGGUUCCUAGCCACAUGUUCUCAAGUAGCAUGGCAUCCACCCAACUUCCAGUAAAAACCACAGCUUCUGAGACCCAGGAGAGCUUCCCUUACCUGUUGUCUGAGGAUUUCCUGGGACAGGAAGGUCCUGGGCCAGGUGCAAGUGAAGAGGAGUUUCUUCCAACCUUGGAGCCAUGUGUGGGGGAUGCAUGUCCCAACCUCAGCAAAGGCCCUGUGAUUGCUACCAUUGUUACCAUCCUGUGCCUGCUGCUGCUCCUGGCAAGCGUGGGAGCUGUGUGGGGCUACCGCAGGUGCCAGCACAAGAGCUCUGUAUACAAGCUGAAUCUUGGCCAGAGGCAGACCCGGCACUACCAUCAGCAGAUUGAGAUGGAGAAGGUCUAAGUUGCCAUUCGAAUGGGCUCUCUGUGAGCCACUGGGUGCAGAAUGAAGUGGGAGGCACACAUCACACUGAUAAUUCACAAGAGUGCGGGUUGAGUGGGGCUCAUCUUUUCUUCCUCAGGUUUUAUUCUACAGGCUGAGUCAUGACUCUGGAGGCAGGUAGUGGGGCAGGAAGGUUUGAUGGCAUCAUUG